CGGAUCCUACGGUGAAAGACCUGAUUGGCGGCUUCACUGCUCUACAUUACGCAGCUAUGCAUGGCCGAGCCCGGAUCGCACGCCUAAUGCUGGAAUCCGACUACCGUGUUGAUAUUAUUAAUGCAAAAAGCAACGACGGUUGGACUCCCCUGCACGUGGCAGCUCAUUAUGGAAGAGACUCCUUUGUCCGACUCUUGCUGGAGUUCAAGGCUGAAGUCGACCCGCUGAGUGACAAAGGUACUACACCACUUCAGCUUGCCAUUAUCCGCGAACGGUCCAGCUGUGUCAAAAUCCUCCUAGAUCACAACGCCAAUAUUGACAUUCAAAAUGGCUUUCUGUUACGCUACGCUGUGAUCAAAAGCAAUCACACUUAUUGCCGGAUGUUCCUUCAGAGAGGAGCGGAUACGAACUUGGGGCGCUUAGAAGAUGGACAGACGCCGUUGCACUUGUCUGCUCUUAGGGAUGAUGUACUUUGUGCGCAGAUGUUGUACAAUUAUGGCGCGGAUACCAACACAAGGAACUAUGAAGGACAGACUCCGUUGGCGGUUUCAAUAAGCAUAUCUGGAGGUAGCCGGCCUUGUUUGGAUUUCUUACAGGAAGUAACAAGGCAGCCUCGGAACUUGCAAGAUCUCUGUCGAAUUAAAAUCCGCCAGUGUAUAGGCCUUCAAAACCUCAGACUCCUUGACGAGCUACCGAUUGCCAAGGUCAUGAAAGACUACUUAAAACACAAAUUUGAUGACAUCUGACAAUUUGCAAGAGCUGGACAAAUAAGCAGGAUUAGUUUUUAUUCCAGAUACCUUUCAAAGGCUGGUCACCUUGCACAACGUAUAUCCUAUGCAAUUUCUGAUUUUUUUGUGUGUGUUUUUUUUCCCCUGAGAAGUCAGAAGGCAGGUAUACAAUUCCUUUUGGGGGGCAGGCGGGCGGGCAGGUGGAGGGGGCCCUGUUUUAUACCAAAAUGCUAGGAGGUCUUAAAUUUUUUUUUGAAUUCUUGGUCCAAGUUUACAAGAUUCAA